AUGGGGAACGCUUGUUGUGGUUCAAAGCCACCCGUGGAGGUCCCGGAUGACGGCGAAGCUGAGCGGAAGUUGCGAGAAGAGCAAGAGUGGCUAGAAUUCCAAAAGCGGAAGGAGAGCAUGGAACUCAAAAAAUCACAAGCGGCAGAGGCCCAGAAAGCUCUCCAACAAGAUAUCGAUCAAUUAAAGGAUCAAAUCGCGGAUCGAGAAGCCGACAAGAACUACGAACGAAUACCUUCUCAUGAGCCAGUUCCUUCCACUAGCUAG